GGAACUUGGGUGCCGGAACAAAGUACUUGCAAACUGCCUUAUGAGACACUGCCUCCAUGUAGGUGGGAUAUACCUCGCAGAGCAGUCACAUUUUUUUCCUCCCUCCCUUUCUCCUUCAAGCAGGCAGGAAUUCUGACGCUCUCAAGAGACGCGGGCUCUGCCCCCUUGUCUGAGCUGACCCUACAAUGUGGACCCUGCUCCUCCAGAUCGGGACUGGAGUUCUGAAAUAAAAUGGAUGAUUUGACACUACUUGAUCUUCUCGAGUGCCCUGUGUGCUUUGAAAAGCUCGAUGUCACGGCCAAAGUUCUCCCUUGCCAGCACACCUUCUGCAAACCAUGUCUACAGAGGGUUUUCAAGGCCCACAAGGAGCUGAGGUGCCCGGAAUGCAGGACCCUGGUGUUUUGCAGCAUCGAGGCGCUGCCGGCCAACCUGCUGCUAGUGCGACUUCUGGAUGGCGUGCGCUCGGGGCCAAGCCCCGGGAGAGGGGGUUCCUUCCGCAGGCCCGGCGGGCUGACCUUGCCGGACGGCAGGAAAAGCAGGACCAACUCCAGAGGUCUGCAGGCCAGCCCUUUCCGGCUGGUGCCCAACAUCAGAAUCCACAUGGACGGGGUGCCUCGAGCCAAGGCCUUAUGCAACUACAGAGGGCAGAAUCCUGGUGACCUGAGGUUUAAUAAGGGAGAUGUGAUCCUCCUCAGGAGACAGAUUGAUGAGAAUUGGUACCAGGGGGAGAUCAAUGGCGUCAGUGGGACCUUUCCAGCCAGCUCCGUGGAAGUCAUCAAGCAGCUGCCCCCGCCACCCCCACUCUGCAGGGCCCUCUACAACUUCGACCUACGAGACAAGGGCAAGAGUGAAAACCACGAUUGCCUAACUUUCCUCAAGGUAAGAUUCUGGUCAGCCGCCAAGAUCAGGAAGACUAACUUCACAUCGGAUCUUUUGUCUUUUCAGCCAAACCUCACUGCAAGACACCUCCUAGAGAAGAACAAAGGCCGUCAGUCAUCCCGCGCAAAAAAUCUGUCUCUGGUGUCCUCAUCCUCCAGAGGUAACACACCCACCCUCCGCAGGGGCCCAGGGUCCAGGAGGAAGGGGCCCGGGCAGUUCUCCAUCACAACAGCCUUGAACACUCUCAACCGGAUGGUCCAUUCUCCCUCGGGACGCCAUAUGGUGGAGAUCAGCACCCCGGUGCUCAUCAGCUCCAGCAACCCCUCUGUGAUCAGCCAGCACGUGGAGAAAGCAGACAUCCCUCCCAGCUCUUCAGGACAGGUCAGCACUUACCACCCGGUACCUGCCUCCCCAGGACAUUCCACGGCCAUGGUCAGUGUGCCCGGCUCCCAGCAACACCUCUCAGCCAACAUGUUUGUAGCCCUGCACUCCUACUCAGCCCAUGGACCUGACGAGCUGGACCUGCACAAGGGAGAAGGCGUCAGGGUCCUGGGGAAGUGCCAGGACGGGUGGCUCAGGGGCAUCUCCCUGGUCACCGGGCGAGCCGGCAUCUUCCCAGGCAACUACGUCAUCCCCAUUUUCAGAAAGACCUCUAGUUUUCCAGAUUCCCGGAGCCCGGGUCUCUAUGCCACAUGGACGUUAUCCACCUCCUCUGUGUCCUCCCAAGGCAGCAUUUCAGAAGGUGACCCCCGGCAAAGCCGUGCCUUCAAAUCCGUCUUUGUGCCCACCGCCAUUGUCAACCCCGUAAGGAGCACAGCCGGCCCAGGGACUAUAGGACAAGGGUCUCUUCGGAAAGGGCGGAGCAGCAUGAGAAAGAAUGGAUCCCUGCAGAGACCCGUCCAGUCAGGAGUCCCCACCCUUGUGCUGGGCUCCCUCAGACGCAGCCCCACCAUGGUUGUGCGGCCUCAGCAGUUCCAGUUCUACCAGCCACAUGGGGUCUCCUCUUCCCCAUCCUCAGUGGCAGCGGUGGAGAUGGGCCCCAAGCCUGCCCCCAUGGGGGAGCCCGCCCUCACGUGCAUCAGCAGGGGCAGCGAUGCCCGGAUCCACUCAGCAGCCAGCUCCCUCAUCAUGGAAGGCAAGGACAUCCCCAUCAAGAGCGAGCCUCCGCCAAAACCACCUGCGUCUGCACCACCAUCGAUCCUGGUGAAACCGGAAAACUCAAGAAAUGGCAUCGAAAAGCAAGUCAAAACCGUGAGAUUUCAGAAUUACAGCCCUCCUCCCACCAAACACUACACCUCCCAUCCCACCUCCGGAAAGCCUGAACAGCCAGCCACCCUCAAGGGGUCCCAGCAUGAAGCAUCCUCCUUGGGCCCAGAGAUGACCAUCCUAUUCGCCCAUCGAAGUGGCUGCCACUCCGGACAGCAGACAGACCUCCGGAGAAAGUCAGCUCUUGGCAAGGCCACGACCCUGGUUCCUGCUGCCUCAGCCACGCAGACCGUGUUUCCCAGCAAAUGAAUCCACGGGUGGCUUUUCCUAGACCCCAAAGAGGUGAAUUGCAUUUAAAUACAGUCUGCCUCCACUAAGGGCAUCCUGCCAUUCUUUGGGGACUUGAGUACAGGUCCUUGUUCUUCCCAUUUUACCUCCAGGAAAAAAACAAGGUGGAAGUGGAAAUUCCUGCCCUGGGUGGGAGGAUAGAUUGGGUGUCCUUCCAAACAUCAUGAUUUGAUGCAGCAAAGCCCACUACUACUCCGACCAAGGAGUGGGAGACUGCUGGGCCCACUUUGUUCCCCAGCAUGGAGUGUGUGGCCCCUCAUCCCCUGUGUUCUGUGUAGAAUUUCUAUGGUGUCCUAACAGGGGCUCCAGCAAGGUUGUGACAAGGGUGGGAUUGUUGGCAUUGCUUCUUUGACCUUAUCAUAACUUCAACAAGCAUUGUAACAGCUUCUGCCAUCUUUUGGGGCCUGUGCACUGGCCACUAGUAGCUACCAUAUUUUUUCCUUCUGUAAAGUCAUAAUCCUGGCUGCAAAGGGAGAAUUUCUGGGAGGGGUGUAAGAUGGACAGUUUGAACAUUCUGAGAACCCACUAAAACUAGAGGGAGUCAGCUCCCCAAGUUUGCUCCA